CCCAGAACGUGCACGCUCAGAACACCUAGUCACACUAUCCACGAUGGGUAUCCCCGUUGUUCUCCCCGCGCUGAUCCCCGACAUCAAGAAGGUGUACGAUGUGUACUUUGCGUCGUUCCAGAACGAGGGCAUGGCGCGGCUGAUGCUGGAUGUCAUGUUCCCCAACGGUACGGUGGACUUACCAGGCUUCCGCGAGGAGCACGCCAAGGGCACGCUGGCAUGGUGGCACCAGGCGGAUAUGCAGUACACGUUCAAGUGUGUCGACAACGAGACGGGCGAGACGAUUGGCAUGGCCCUAGCCGAUAUCCUCAUGCGUGAGCGGACUGAGGAGGAGCGCAAGUUUGGCGGCAUCCCGUGGCUGGAGGGCAAGGACCGGGAGCGGGCAGAGGCUGUGGUUGGCCCGCUGGCGGCUAUGCGGGAGAAGCUGUUUGGUGGACACAAGCACGUCUACUGCCACGUAAUGGGGGUGGUGCCCGAGUACCAGGGACGUCACGCAGGCCGGGCACUGCUCGAGUUUGCAAUCUUCACGGCCAACCAGCUGUGCCUGCCGCUGUAUUUUGAGUCGUCGCCGACUACGGUUGGGCUGUAUAAGAAGCUGGGCUUUGAGGAGCUGCCGGAGCGGAUUGUGCACAAGGCCGAAGUGCUGGGGAUCGAGCAGGACAUCGAGGUGCCGCUGAUGGUGCGGAUGCCUGCGAGCGCGGGCGAGCUGACCUUUGCGGACUGGAUUGCGAGCGGGUAUCCGAGCUUGCGGCGCAGUGAGAAGAAUCUGCUCACAGGGAGACGCUGGUGGGUUGUUGUUGGCGUAGUUAGCUUUACGAGCUGA